GUGGGAGACCUCCAUCUUAUUGCUUUCUCUCAUUCGGCAUACUCAGACACAAAUACUCACCUUGGUCUCUUCAUCUCACUCGUUCUCACUUAUUCCCCUUCUUCCUGUGGUUUCGAAUUCGUUUAUUCAACGGAUGAAUUAAUAUACAAACCAUUGCCCGCGCAUGCGGGAGACGAGACAUGGUCUCCGUCGAAUCUACCCUGACUCAGACGGCAAUAUCUGGAGUAGCCUCAGUGUCAGCGGAGUUGACUUCAGCAGGGUUGGAAACCGCCGCAGCCAAUGCUACCUCCUUCUUUGGAUCGGCUUCCUCAAAGGACUUCCUUCGUGCCCCGCUACACCUCGCUUCCCACCUCGAGCGAUCCUUUAUCAAUCUCUGGAACACAUUCAAGGUAGAGAGUUUGGGUCGACAUACCUUCUUCGGACCCGGGGCUGUGAGACAGGCAGCUGACACAGGAGCACAAGUCAUGGCCGACGCAGCUGCAAAUGCCGGCACAGCGCAGGCCCUGGGUGGAACAGCGCCCGCGGGUUGGGCAGCCUUCUUCGCAGAAGCAUUUCAAGCCAGUACAUUCAAGAGCUAUUGGGGCAUGCUACACUACAUAACCUCUAGGUGGGCUUUUACGGUCCUUGCCCUGGCCCUCAUACUCAACCGGAUUGGGGUCUACGGCGCCGCCAGGCAGCGCAUUUAUCUGGAUUGGCCAAAGAGACUGGCCCUUCGAAUCGUGCCUAUACUACUCUUCAUUUCACAAAUACAUCAACUUCUGCAGGCAAUUCGAUGCCAGACCUCACCCGACUUCUCGCUCUACCGGCAUGGGAAUAACAGUAUGUACAGUCUGCUGGAUUGGUCAAAAGAUGGUGGUGCCCUGCAUACCGUGAGCUCGGCUGUCUUGUUCGGAUCUACAGAUGCUAGUGCUUGUGCUGCUGUAGGCCUGAGCAGGCCAUCUGCGGAUGUGCGCGCACCUCGAGGUUCCUUCUCCCUCCUGUGGCCAUCCUUCCUACGUUUGAGCCUGUCUAACAUCGUGGAGAGUUUGUCUUGUUCACUGCAACAGAUCCCUGCCACGACGGAGGUCGGUAUGACUGUGUUCGAACACUCUCUGGCAUUUGCAGAAGCAGAGACGGCAUUGUCACAUACCCUUGGUUUAGGUCCGUUUGGCUCGUCAAAACCCUCCGACGCCAGCUCUUCAAACAUGACUACACCCAAUUCUCAGCCUACAAUACCAGCCUCAGGCACCCUUCUUGCCUUGGCUGAUGCCACUGCGUCCCUGACUGGCCCUCACAUUCUGGAUCGGGUGAAUGUGCCAGUAGAAGUUCUACUGGUAACGUUGCUCUCGUGUGGCAACUCUUUGACAUCUCAUGUGCUUGCUGUUAUGGGCAAGCAGCGUCAAUGGCGUCUAGUCAACACCGGGAUCUGGGGCAUGGCUUUUAUGUCCUCGUUUGUCUGGGGUCUUUUCAGUACAAGCACGAUGGUCAGAGGUGGCGAUGAUGUCGACGACCGCCCAGUCAGCAGCUUAUUACAUUUCCCAACGGUGGCUAUUGUCGGGUUCCUUCCACACAUGGCUAUCCUGUUGGGUAUCGGCAUCUGUUUCAUCAUCUAUCUUGUUGCACUCACUUUCACGGCAGUAUCACUGGGGACAAACCCCCGAAUUCCACAACCCACCAGUCUCAAAGAGCGAUUCAGCAUUGCACAUGACAAUCUCCAAGCAGCUAUUCAGACCAGAGGCAUCCAUAUCCGUUGGUAUGAGGACUUUUACACGGCCCUCCUUCGGGUCGGUUUCGCGGCUUUGACCGCCGCCUCAGAAUCUGUUUUCCUCAACGAAGGCAGAGCCGUUGAAGUACGGCAAUUCACUUGGAUUGAGGAAGACAGACUGGAUGAAUUUGAAGGUGCCAGAGAUGAGAAGUCGGGAACUUCAAUAGGUCAGCAAUUUCAGAUACUUGAAGAAUAUGGCCUUCCAUCCUCGACCCCUGGAGGUAUGGACAAAGGUGGCGUCUGGGAAUCUGGGUAUUUUAAAGAGCGCAAGUUCGACAGAAAGGAGGGUGAGCUCGAAGCCAAAGACUCUUUUGUUUACCCCACCCCUCGAAACGGUGGAGUUGGCGCCGUACAGCGUACUACUCGAUUCUAUUUGUUGAUGAUUUAUCUUCGAGGGAUUCUCUUCUUGAUUGCGGGUUAUGUUGGGUUCGGUGCUGGAGUCUUGCUUGAUUCUUUUGGGAUUACCGGUCGACCUCGUUGGCUCAGGAGAUUGGUCGGUCGGUCACUCAAGAAGAUGCACGAUGAACGCAACAGUAACGGGAGAGGGCGUAUGCUCGACUUUUGGUUGAUUGCGGAGGAUGGAAAGUUGACGGUACCCCUCACGGACGACAUCGAUAUCGAGCCAGAAAUGCGUAGACGAUUGAUGACUGAAUUUCCCAGUGACAAAGUUGAUGAUUUACUCGAUUCCAAAUUGUAUGACUGGUGGAGGUCUGGUGGAUGGUUUGGCCUGAAAGACGGGAGCGGUGAUUAUCAACCGCCCCCUCAGCAGGAUGAUUUUGAUGACACGACGAGUGUUAUUUCCACGACUACCGAAGCCACGACUGAUCGCAGCGAGAUUGGAGAUGAAGACGAAGAUGGAUGGGAAUCAGAACCCGAUGGUACAAAGACACCGACGCAGACCUCUACUGGACCAACCUGGUCGUUUGCUGGAAUUGAAACCAGAGAAUCGACCCCUUUCACCGACACGCCAUUGGAUACCACGAAUCUAGCCAGACUUUUAGAUCCGCAAGAUCGAGAAUCACGAGACGAAGCCCGUAUUCUAGCAGCUCAUUUGAAAAGUGUAUCGUCUGAGACUCCUGGUAUCAUGACACGUUCCCGCUAUCAACGGGAAAUGGAGCGUGAACGAGCUCGUAUUCUUUUGGCUGGGAGGACACCACAAAAGCCAUCUGGACACGUUCCGACGAUAUCCCUUUUCGACAACUCACAUGUCUCCGGUCCACGGCCGUUGACCAAUGCCGAAGAGGCGGAAGUGCUGGAGUCGCUGAUACUGAGUCGACGAAAGGCCAAACUGCCGUCUUUACAAUCUCUUCCUACUUUUGACGAUGCCGAUGAUGAGUCACACCGGGCCGGACCAGCUUGCGUGGUAUGUCAGACGUCGGGUAGGUCGAUCAUCGCGUGGCCUUGCCGAUGUCUGAUAGUAUGCGAGGAUUGCCGGAUCAGCUUGGCAUUGAAUAACUUCGGAAAUUGCGUGACUUGUCGAAGGGCCGUUCAGGGAUUUGUGAGGUUGUACGUGCCUUGACGAAGGCCAGAGAUGACCUUGGUGGGAGGGAUUCUCCUUCACCAAUCGAUAUUGCUUACCUACUUAUUUUAGAAAGGUUCUCCUAGUGGCUUGUGUACGAAAUAGCAGAGUAUGAUU